AUGGGAAAGGCGUUUGACAGGAUUUCUUGGUCAUACAUUUGCUUGGUUCUAAGGAAAAUGGUGUUCGAUGAAAUUUUCAUAGAUUUGGUAUGGAGAAUCUUGGCAACAAUUGGGUACUCAAUCAUUGUCAAUGGUAAGAGGUACGGUUUCUUUGAUUCAACAAGAGGCCUCAAAAAAGGUGAUCCCUUGUCUUCUGCCCUAUUUAUUUUAGGUGUGGAAGUGUUAUAUAGGUCCCUUAACAAGUUACAUUCUAAUCCGGACUAUCAUGGCUUCUGCAUGGAGAGGAGGGGACCUCAAGUAAAUCACUUGAGCUUUGCAUAUGAUAUAAUACUCUUCACCUCUGGAAGGCACAAAACCUUGAAAAUCUUAAUUAAAGCUUUAAAGGAGUGUGAAGAGAUUUCUGGAAAGCUCAUCAAUGAAGACAACAGUCAUUUUAUGCUACACUCUAAUGCUUUCAAUAGAAUUAGAGAUAGAAUUAAAAGAUUCACAGGCUUCAAACAAAAGAAGGGUCCUAUUACCUACCUAGGCUACCCUUUAUUUGUUGGUAGGCCUGGGAAUAUUUACUUUUCUGAUCUUGUUAACAAAGUUGUAUGCAGGAUUAAGGAUGGAAAACCAAACAACUUAAUUAUGGAGGGAAAGCAGUUCUUACAAAGGUUGUUUUACAGGCAAUACACAUACAUUUACUAUGUGCAAUCCAAUCCAGUUAAACAAAAGUGGGAUACUGGAGAAUCUCUGACAUGGAAGAAAAUGUUUAUGAAAAGAAAACAUGUGGAAAAACAUAUCCAAUGGAAGCUUAAGACUGGUAAUUGGCUUGGAAAUGACCCACUAUCACAAUUUUCCAACAAUAGCAAAAGAAUGACCAAUGUAACAGUGGAUAAUUUCUGGGAAGAAAGGAAAUGGGACUGGAACGAGUUGAUAGAACAGCACCUCCCUGAUCAGGCAAUCUGGAAGCUCAAUAAUCAUGGCAACUUUACACGUUCUUCAGCUUGGGAGGAGAUCAGGGAAAAAAGGGUCAAGUAUCAUUUUAAUUCUCUGUUAUGGCAUAAAAACAUCCCCUUUAAAGUUUCUUUUCUAUUAUGGAGGACCCUAAGGGGUAAACUCCCUACUAAUGACAAACUAAAUAAUUUUGACAUUGAUCCAUCAAAGUGUUUUUGUCGUCUUGAUAAUGCACGUACAGACAACAUUCAACACAUCUUAUCUCAGGCCAAUUCGCUGCGAAAGUAUGGAGUACUUUUGCAGCAAGAACAGGGAUUUAGCAUGGAUGCCACUCACUGCAGCAGCUUCUUCAACACCGGUGGUCAGCAAAGACCAACAAUGCAGCCCUCAAGAUGCUUCUACAGGCCACCCCUAUCUUCAUAUGCUGGAACUUAUGGAAUAACAGAUGCGCAGGCAAAUAUGGUAAUAAAACAACAAAUAUCAGCAAGCAACUCUGAGGCAGCUAUUUUAGGCCUGACUUGGGCAUUGAAGCUGGGAUACAGGAACAUUGUAUUGGAGCGGGAUUCACAGCUUGUCGUAAAAUGGAUAAACCCACAGGCAUCCCCUCAAUGGAACCUCAUAAUUCAGCUAGGCAGGCUGCAAAAUUUUAUCUGCCAGACGUACGACUUCAAAUACACACACGUCUAUAGAGAGGAAAACUUGGUUGCUGAUGCAUUCUCCAAACAGAGCCAUGAAACAACCAAUCCUCAGGUAUACUUUAGCCACCAACAACUACCUAAGGAAGCAAGGGUAUAUGAUCAUCUGGACCUUAUGGAAAUGCCAAGUCUUAGGAGGAAGAAAAUUAAGAGAAUUAAAGAUCCUCCAUGA